CUUCGCGCGAUGCCCUGGGAUGGAAGGUGACGACGGCCUGCGGAUGCGCGCCCUAACGACGCUCCCGUGGGGGAUCCGUCGACGGCAUCGGCAUCGGCUGGCGGCGGCGCUGGUGCUCUGCGUCGUCGUCCUCUGUGUGUCGCACCGGCUGCUGGUGCUCGCCCUCGAAUACCGGGAAUACAUCUACGCCCUGCUGCCUGAACCGCCGCUCCCAGUGCAGCGAAGGGAGGCGCACGUGACAAACAGCCACAGACAGCCUUCAGACAGACAGCCAAGGAUCCUGUGCUUGAUCGUGACGUCACCCAAGUACCACGGCACGCGAUCGAGUCACGUGGCGGCCACCUGGGCACGGCACUGCACGCGGGCGGUGUUCCUGAGCACAGCCGGGGACUCGCGCCUCCCCGACGUCUUCAUCACGCCCGGCGCCGCCUCCUACCAAGAGCUGUGGGGCAAGGUCACGCAAGGGUUCGAGUGGGCCUACGGGAGCCGCGACGACUUCGACUGGGUGGUGAAGGCAGACGACGACACUUUCUUGGUCGUGGAGAACCUGCAGGCAGCUCUUCUCCGCCUCGACCCCGACCGGGAGCUGGCCACGGGCGUCCAGCUGAGGACCUGGGACACCGGCUCGGCGUACUUCAACGGCGGCGCUGGCUACGUGCUGAGCCGGGGCGCCGUGAGGAGGCUGGUGGAGGACGGCCUGCGGGGUCGGCGCUGCGAGGAGAAUCUCAGCCUCGGUGCCAAUGAGGAUGUCAACAUGGCACUGUGCCUCGCUCAUUUGGGUGUCGUAUUCCUGGACUCACGUGACUCCCUCGGGCGACAGCGGUUCCACAUGUAUCCUCCGCACGAGCUCAUAGAUCCACGCCAAGCCAACAGCAUAACGCACCUGUGGCUGAAGACGCAGUCGGUCUUCCCUUACAAGUUUGGUUACGCAGAACUCAGUGACGAAGCGAUCAGUUUCCACUACGUUGACGCGCGCUCCAUGUAUCUUCUCUACUACCUUGUCUACGUCGUUAACCCAAACAACCAAGUCACUCCCAUCAACCAGAUCGACCGAGAAAGUCAGGUCAAAGGGAACAAACAGGUUAAGGACAACAAGCGGGUAAACUUAUCCACGAGUGACAAGUGAAGUGAAGGAAUAGGAAAAAGGGAGAAGAAAGAAAAAGGCUGAACUGUGAAUGUGCUGGUAUGGCUUCAUUUCUUUCAGUGAAUGUGCUGAGCAAAGUCACAUACUAAGAGAAAGAAAGAACUACUGUGAAAUAUGAUUAUCUUUGAAAACACGUUUUAUGAAAAUAUUUUAACAUUCAAAUGAGAAUACAAAUUUAAGUAUAGGAGUGAUAUUAAAAGUGAAUAUACGAAAAAAAACAGAAAUGUUAUGCUACUUUCCUCUUAUACUGACACGAAUGGCGAACCAGCGAACAAGGAAGAGAGUGAGAGAGAGAGAGAGAGAGAGAGAGAGAGAGAGAGAGAGAGAGAGAGAGAGAGAGAGAGAGAGAGAGAGAGAGAAGGGAAAAUGGGAGAAUGUAAGAAAAUGUGAAUGUCUGAGUGAGUGUGUGUGAUAAACAAACAUAUAGCUAGCUAACUACAUAUGUAUAUAGAUAUAUAUGUGCGUGUGCGUGUGUAUGUAGCUAGCUAUAUAUGUGCGUGUGCGUGUGUAUGUAGCUAGCUAUGUGUGUGUGUGUGUGUGUGUGUGUGUGUGUGUGUGUGUGUG